CUCUCUGGACACUCUCUGCUCCGCCUUCGUCCUGACGAUCCCGGUUGGCUCGGUUCGGCCGGUGUCGAUACCGUUCAAGCCAGUUUCCCUCGAGCCGUCUUCCAAGAAAUGCGACAGCAAACCCAGGACGCGACCCGGAUGUUGUUUAGUUAGCGCCUGGGGGAGCUCUGCCGGAAGUCAAGCGCCGCCUGGUGCAGCGGAGGAGCGACCGUCUCCCCCAGCUGAGCUGACCGCGUCCAGAAUGCAGAUUCAAGAACUGCACAGACAGAACAGCGAGUCCAAUUCGGGGAGGAAAAUGAGCCAGCCGGGUGGAGCCUCUCAAGUUGGGGGUCCAGGGGAAACCAGCCAAGGGGACCCUAGCGACUUCUCUGAGCCCCCGGUCAUGAUGGACCGUGGCCGGCGGGCCAGCAAGUUCCGACGCAGUGGCAGCAGUGUGCAGGCUGUGCAGGAGACACUCAAGGAGAAGCAGGCCAGGUAUAAGGAAGCCAGGGAAGCACGCAAGAUGAAGAUCACUGCAGCUCAUAAAUACAUUUUUGAGAUUUUAGCUGACAGGCUUCCCAUGGAUCAGGCCACUGUAGAGGAGUUUGUACUUGAUUCUCCAUCUUUCCAACCAUUUGAAAACUUCUUUGCCAAGGGAGGGUGUAAAACCAUAUCAUUUGUCUACCAGGAGAGUGACAUUCCAGGAAUAGAGAGUGGCCGCACUUUCCCCGGAGCUACAAAAGGAGCAAAAGUAAUGAGACUGUUCCUGGCCAGUCUGUCCGAGACGUGUCUCAGGGGCCUGUGCUUGUUCUUUGUGCGCUGCAGAAACGAAACUGCCAUCAAUCCCAAAAACAUUCACGAGGAGAUUUUUUUCUCUACGUUAGAGGCCACUGAGGGUCUCAUGAAAGGCACUAGGAACAUGUUAUCACAGGUCUUUUUGCCAGCUGUCAUUGCUACUGAUAACUGGGGAGCUCUGAGCCAAUCCAAGCACGGAGAGAAGGAGAAAGAACACUUUAAACAAGCUAUCCAACAUUACAUAGCUUUCUUAGACGGGACUCAAGUAAGCAUCAAGGGAAUGGUGCAACUAAAGAUGCCCACACACAUUGACUUCUCCAGACUGCAGUGCUUUGAAGAUCACAAGGCUGCAGCCUCCGACCUGGACAUGGUGCGUCAACUUGAAGAGGUGCUGAUGAUGUGGUACAAGCAGAUCGAACAGGUUUUAACUGAAAGUGACCAGAUGAGGAAAGAAGCUGAUGCUUCAGGGCCUUUGACUGAAUUGGAGCACUGGAAGAGGAUGUCUGCCAAAUUCAACUCCAUCAUUGAGCACAUUAAGGGCCCCCAGUGCAAGACUGUUGUCAACAUUUUAAACAUGAGUCGCUCCAAGGGCCUUAAAGUGUGGAGAGAAUUGGAUUCUAGAAUUACAGAUUGUGCGAAUGAGGCAAAAGACAAUGUGAAAUUUUUAUAUACUUUAGAAAAGGUCUGUCAGCCUCUCUACAACUGUGAUCCAGUUACAAUGACUAAAGGUAUUCAGAAUUUGAUUAAUGCUAUAAGAAUGAUUCACAGUGUCUCACGAUACUACAACACGUCAGAAAGAAUAACAUCACUCUUCAUAAAGGUGACAAACCAGAUGGUAACAGCGUGCAAAGCAUAUAUCACUGAUAAUGGCACAUCUCGAGUGUGGGACCAGGAAACACCAGAGAUUAUCAAAAAGACUCAGGACUGUGUCUUCUUGUUUCGGGAGUAUCAGGCAUGCUUCCACAAGACAAAGAGGCAGACUGUGGACGCUCCAGGAGAAAAGCCAUUUGAGGUGUCAGAGAUGUACAUCUUUGGCAAGUUUGAGGGCUUUUGCAAGAGACUGGAAAAGAUAACACAGAUGAUCACGGCAGUGAAAACAUUUUCUGCUCUCAAUAACUCAACGAUAGAAGGCAUAGAUACCUUAGCUGGAAAAUUUCAGAGUAUACACUACACUAUGAAGAAGAAGCAAUACGACAUUUUGGAUCCUAGAAAAACUGAAUUUGAUGUAGACUUUACAGAUUUUAUGAGCCAAGUGCAGAACUUAGAGCAUCAGCUGCAGAUGUUUAUGAGUUCCUGUUUUGGUAAAAUCCUAUCAUCUCAGCAAGCCUUGCGUUUGUUACAAAGGUUCCAGAAAUUGAAUAUACCCUGUCUUCAGGCUGCAAUUUCGAGCAUAGUCAGACUCAUUCUUCAGUAUUAUGUUUCGGAGCUGGAGUCUGUUAAGAAGCUCUAUCAGGCCCAUAGAGAGGACCCUCCUCUGGCCCGGAACAUGCCUCCUGUCGCUGGUAAGAUACUGUGGGUGAGGCAGCUCCUCAGGAGAAUACAGGAGCCCAUUGAGUACAUAGAUAGCAACAGUGACGUCCUGUCAUGUCCAGAGGGCAGGGAUGCUGUGAAGAUGUACAACAGGGCUGCAGCAGUGUUUGUGGAGUUUGAGAUUCUGUACCACAGGGCCUGGAUCAGGGAGGUCUCACAGCUGCAAUAUGCAUUGCAAGCUACCCUGCUGGUUCGGCACCCAGAGACAGGAAAACUGCUUGUAAACUUUGAUCCCAAGAUCUCUGAAAUCGUGAGAGAGACAAAGUGCAUGUUGAAGAUGGGCCUGGAGGUCCCAGAGCAAACACUGAGGCUGGUGAAGGCAGAGAGCUCCAUGAAAGCCAAUCGAUUCCGCUUAGAGACUCUUCUUAACAAUUAUGAGACAACCUGUGAAAAAAUACCAGCAGUGUUUGUUAAUCUGCUGGCCUCAAAGAUUAAAAAGGUGGAGGCAGUGCUUCGACAUGGACUGACUAUACUAAACUGGUCCUCCCUCAUCCUGGACAGCUUCUUCUGCAGAGUGGACAUGGCUUUGUCUGAUUUAAAUCAGCUGCUUAAGAAGGUGAGGGAUAUAUGUGAGAUGCACAUUGAAGCUGCGCUGCAGGACAUUUCAGAAACUGUCCUGGUAGACCUGCCUGAGGAUGGGCCCACCACACUAGAGGACAUCAUUGUUAAAAAUGAGAGUCGCUCAAAGGAGUGGGCAGACAGCAUGAACCACAAGAGCAGACGUGUAGAAGAGUCUGUGAAGGAGCUGAUUGGCAUCUUUAAAGCAAUGUAUGAGUCCAAGGAAACAAAGAAAAUAGUAGAGGAAACCACUGUGCCAGAACGUAAGCGUGUAGCAUUCACAGAGGACACUAUUGCAAACGAAGAAGACAGCCACACCACAGAGCACCAGGAAGCGGAAAAAGGGGAUGAGUUUGAGAAGGAGUGCAAGGAGAUGUAUGCUUACUUUAGCCAUCAGCUGUUAGAUGCAUUGCUCAAAUCGACACGCUUGUCUCUGGACACCUUAAAAAGAAGGAUUUUUGUCUCUGUCUUGUCUGCAAGAAAAGGGCUCUUCAGUCAGUCAAGUAAAUCAGAGGAAUUAAUUACCUUUUUAAAAUCAGAAAUGCACCUGGCAAUACCUAACGUGGUCAUGCAGCCCAGCCUGGAUGACAUCCAGCAGGCCAUCAACCGGCUGGUGCAUCUGGUGCUGGAGGUGAGCCGCGGCAUAGCGCAGUGGGGCCAGGCGGGCAGGCACGGGGGCCCCGCUGCCCUGGAAGUCAGCCUCGGCGGGGCCAAGGGCACACAGCGCUCCAGAACCACGGAUGAAGACAUUCCUGUAAAGAAGCUAAAAAACUUUUAUCACAGCGUAUCUGAGCACAAGGACAUUUGUAAGAUUGUGGUGCUGCUGACCUCUGCAGUCAACUCCCUGAGGAAACCGGCCAGUGACGUUCUCCAGCAGUUCCACAGGUUUAAGGGCAUCUGGGCAGAGGACAGGGAUGCCAAGGUCAAGGAAUUUAUGGCAAGUAACCCAUACCUGACACAGAUAAAAUCUGAGAUUUUGCACUAUGUGGCUUUUGAGCAAGAGAUUGAAGAAAUCAAGCCCACAACCAUUUUAGGAUCAAUUGAGUUGUCUACAGCACCACUGAAGCUGGCCUUGACAGUGGAGGCUAAGGCCUGGAAGAUGCUGUUGUGCAAAUACCUGAAUGAGGAGUAUAAGAAGAAAAUGGCAGAUAUCUCAACAUUCAUUGGGGAACAUCUUAAAAAACUCUCUCGACCAAUUCAGGAUCUGGAUGACGUGAGAUUGGCAAUGGAAGCUCUGUCAAACGUACGGGAAUCAGAGAUCCAGAUAGACAUGACCCUGGGACCCAUUGAAGAAGCCUAUGGGAUCCUGAACAGAUUUGAAGUGGAAGUGACUAAAGAGGAGGCUGAAGGAGUUGACACUCUCAGAUACUCUUUCAUCAAAUUACAAUCCAAAGCCAGAUCUGUGCAAGAUGAAUUAGUACGUGUGCAGCCCAAGUUUAAAGCAAACUUGUUGGAAUCAGUAACAGUUUUCCAGAAGGAUGUCUUAGCAUUUGUAGACCAGUAUGACACGGAAGGGCCGAUGGUUCCAGGAAUACCCCCUCAGGAGGCCAGCACAAGACUCCAGAUCUGCCAGGCCAGGUUUGAUGACCUUUGGAGGAAAUUUGUAACAUACUCCUCAGGUGAACAGCUUUUUGGACUGCCAGUCACGGACUAUGAAAGUCUGCAAAGAACCAGAAAAGAGCUGGGUCUCCUACAGAAGCUGUAUGGCCUUUAUGACACAGUGAUGAACAAUAUCAGUGGCUAUUACGACAUUUUGUGGACAGACGUAGAUAUCGAGAAGAUCAAUGCUGAGCUUCUGGAGUUUCAGAACAGGUGCCGAAAGCUGCCUAAAGGUUUGAAAGACUGGCAGGCCUUCCUAGACUUGAAAAAGAGGAUUGACGAUUUCAGCGAGUCCUGUCCUCUGCUGGAAAUGAUGGCCAAUAAAGCAAUGAAACAGAGACAUUGGGAUCGCAUUGCAGACCUCACUAAGCAUAGGUUUGAUGUGGACUCAGAUAGUUUCUGUCUGCAGAACAUCAUGGAAGCACCACUUCUGAAAUACAAGGAAGACAUAGAGGAUAUCUGUAUUUCAGCUGUCAAGGAGAAGGAUAUUGAGGCCAGGCUGGCUCAGGUGGUGGAUGUUUGGUCCAGUCAGGUUCUGAGCUUCCAUGCCUUCAAGGGCAGAGGAGAGCUCAUGUUGAAGGGGGCAGAGACCUCGGAGAUCGUCAUGGUGAUGGAGGACAGCUUGAUGGUUCUAGGCUCUUUACUCAGCAACAGAUAUAAUGCUCCUUUUAAGAAGGACAUCCAGAACUGGGUUUUCAAGCUGAGCACGUCCACAGACAUAAUUGAGCAGUGGCUGAUCGUACAGAAUCUCUGGGUGUACCUGGAGGCUGUCUUUGUAGGGGGAGACAUCGCAAAGCAGCUUCCGCAGGAAGCCAAGCGUUUCCAGAACAUUGACAAGUCUUGGAUUAAGAUCAUGCAGCGUGCACAUGAAAUCCCUAAUGUCGUUCAGUGCUGUGUGGGGGAUGAGACCAUGGGACAGCUGCUGCCUCACCUGCAGGAGCAGCUAGAGCUGUGCCAGAAGUCUCUCACAGGCUAUCUAGAGAAGAAGAGGCUGCAGUUCCCCAGAUUCUUCUUUGUGUCUGACCCGGCUCUCCUGGAGAUUUUGGGACAAGCCAGCGACUCGCACACCAUACAGUCUCAUCUCCUGGGAGUUUUCGACAAUGUCAAUGAGGUGGAGUUCCAUGCCAAGGACUACGACAAGAUACUGGCUGUGAUUUCAAGAGAAGGAGAGAAAAUACCACUGGACAGUCCCGUGAUGGCCCGGGGGCCAGUGGAGCUGUGGCUGGGGGAGCUCCUGCAGCAGCAGCAGAGCUCCCUGCACUCCGUCAUCAGAGCCGGGGACAUGCAGAUCAACGACUCCGGCUUCCAGCUGCUCAGCUUCCUCGCGCAGUUCCCAGCGCAGGUCGGCCUGCUGGGGAUCCAGAUGCUAUGGACACGGGACUCAGAGGAAGCUCUGCGCAAUGCAAGGGAUGACAAGAAGGUCAUGCAGAUUACCAACCAGAGGUUCCUGGACCUGCUCAACACUCUGAUUGGGCAGACUACACAAGAUCUGACCAAAUUUGAAAGAGUGAAGUUCGAGACUUUAGUCACCAUCCAUGUGCACCAGAGGGACAUAUUUGACGAACUGGUGAAACUGCAUAUCAAGUCUGUGUCAGACUUUGAAUGGCUCAAGCAAAGCAGAUUUUAUUUCAAGGAAGAUUUAGACCAAGUCAUUGUGUCUAUUACAGAUGUAGAUUUCGUAUAUCAGAAUGAGUUUCUUGGCUGCACAGACCGUCUGGUCAUCACCCCUCUAACAGACAGGUGCUAUAUUACCCUGGCCCAGGCUUUGGGCAUGAGUAUGGGUGGCGCUCCAGCAGGGCCAGCUGGCACCGGGAAGACUGAGACCACCAAGGACAUGGGCAGGGCGCUGGGGAAGUAUGUGGUGGUCUUCAACUGCUCGGACCAGAUGGACUUCAGAGGGCUUGGCAGGAUUUACAAAGGCCUUGCUCAGUCUGGGUCCUGGGGCUGUUUUGAUGAGUUUAACAGGAUCGAGCUGCCUGUGCUGUCUGUGGCUGCCCAGCAGAUCUACAUUGUCCUGGUUGCGCGCAAGGAGCACAAGAAGCAGUUUGUCUUCACUGACGGGGACUGUGUAGACCUGAACCCAGAAUUUGGCCUUUUCAUUACUAUGAACCCUGGAUACGCUGGCCGUCAGGAGCUUCCAGAAAACCUGAAAGUUCAGUUCCGGACUGUGUCAAUGAUGGUCCCAGACAGACAGAUCAUCAUGAGGGUGAAGCUGGCCAGCUGUGGGUUCAUCGAGAACAUCAUCCUGGCCCAGAAGUUCUAUGUGCUGUACAAGCUGUGUGAGGAACAGCUGACUAAACAGGUCCACUACGACUUCGGUUUGAGGAACAUUCUGUCGGUGCUGCGGACACUGGGGGCACAAAAGAGGGCUCGGCCUGGAGACAGCGAAUCCAGCAUCGUGAUGAGAGUCCUGCGGGACAUGAACCUGUCCAAACUGGUAGAUGAAGAUGAGCCACUGUUCCUCAGCCUGAUCAGUGACCUUUUCCCAGGAAUACAGCUGGACAGCAGCACCUAUGCUGAGCUCCAGGCUGCUGUGACCAAUCAGGUGGAGGCUGCCGGUGUUGUCAAUCACCCCCCCUGGAAUCUGAAGCUGGUGCAGCUGUUCGAGACAGCGAGGGUACGCCAUGGCCUGAUGACACUGGGCCCCAGUGGCGCUGGGAAGACCGCAGUCAUUAACAUCCUGAUGCGGGCGAUGACCGAGUGUGGCUCCCCGCACAGGGAAAUGCGCAUGAAUCCCAAGGCCAUCACGGCCCCCCAGAUGUUCGGCCGCCUGGACGCCGCCACAAACGACUGGACUGAUGGCAUCUUCUCGACCCUGUGGAGGAAGACACUGAAGGCCAAGAAGGGGGAAAAUGUGUGGAUUAUCCUGGAUGGGCCAGUAGAUGCCAUCUGGAUUGAGAACCUCAACUCUGUCUUGGAUGAUAACAAGACUCUGACUCUAGCUAAUGGAGAUCGGAUCACCAUGUCUCCGGCCUGUAAGCUGCUUUUUGAGGUCCACAACAUCGACAAUGCAUCUCCAGCCACUGUCUCUCGAGUGGGCAUGGUCUUCAUGAGCUCUUCAGCACUCAGCUGGCAGCCCAUACUGAAGGCCUGGCUUAACAAGCGCAAUCCUCAGGAAGCUGAUAUACUACAGAACUUGUAUGACAAAGUGUUUGAGGAUGCAUACACAUACAUGAAGAUAAAUCUGAAACCUAAGAUGCAGCUCUUGGAGUGUAACUACAUCAUGCAGUCCAUUAACUUGCUGGAGGGGCUCCUUCCCAUGAAGGAGGCAGGGGGAAACAUGAGUGCUGUGCAGGUGGAGCGGCUCUUUGUGUUCUGUCUGAUGUGGAGUGUGGGCUCCCUGUUGGAGCUGGACAGCAGGGACAAGCUGGAGCAGUUCCUGAGAAACCACAGCAGCAAGCUAAACCUGCCGCCCGUGAAGUCAGGGGAGACCAUGUUUGAGUACCUCGUCAGCCAGAACGGAGCCUGGGAACACUGGAACAGCCGUGUGCUGGAGUAUGAUUACCCAACAGACCAUGUGCCGGAGUAUGCCUCCAUCCUUGUGCCCAAUGUGGAUAACACUAGGACCAGUUUCCUGAUGGAAACGAUAGCCAAACAGCACAAGGCUGUCCUGCUGAUUGGAGAGCAAGGAACUGCAAAGACUGUGAUGAUUAAAGGAUACAUGAAGAAAUAUGACCCCGAAACGGACCUGUCCAAAUCUUUAAACUUCUCGUCUGCCACUGAACCCAUGAUGUUCCAGAGGACGAUUGAGAGCUAUAUCGAAAAGCGGAUGGGCAGCACCUAUGGGCCACCGGGGGGGCGCAGAAUGACGGUGUUUAUUGACGACAUCAACAUGCCAGUGAUCAACGAGUGGGGUGAUCAGAUCACCAAUGAGAUAGUGCGUCAGAUGAUGGAGAUGUCUGGAAUGUACAGCCUGGAUAAGCCUGGGGACUUCACCACCAUCGUGGACGUGCAGCUGAUGGCGGCCAUGAUUCACCCUGGUGGAGGGAGGAAUGACAUCCCCCAGAGACUGAAGAGACAGUUUACCGUCUUCAACUGCACCCUGCCCGCCAACACGUCCAUCGACAAGAUCUUUGGGAUAAUGGGCUGUGGGUAUUUCCAUGCUUGUCGAGACUUCAGGCCUGAGAUCUGUGAUAUGAUCAAGAUUCUGGUCCCAGCUAGCAGGAUCCUCUGGCAGUGGACCAAGACAAAGAUGCUGCCCACCCCGUCCAAGUUUCACUACAUUUUCAAUCUGCGGGACCUGUCCAGGAUCUGGCAGGGGAUGCUGAACAUCAAGGCAGAGGAAUGUGAGGAUUUGCAGACUCUGCUGGCCUUGUUUCAGAACGAAUGUACAAGAGUUAUUGCUGACAGGUUCGUGAGCGCGGAGGAUAAGGUGUGGUUUGAGAAGUCUAUAACACGGGUGGUCCAAGAGCAUGUGGACCCCAGCCUUGCACCCCAGCUCCAUCCCGACCCCUACUUUGUGGACUUCCUGAGGGAGGCUCCAGAGCCAACCGGAGAUGAGCCCGAGGACUCGAGUCUGGAAGCUCCCAAAGUCUACGAACUGGUACCCAGCUUUGAGUUCCUGUGUGAAAGACUCCAGCUGUAUCAGAGGCAGUACAAUGACACUGUCAGGGGCUCCCGUCUGGACCUGGUCUUCUUCACCGACGCUAUGGCUCACCUCAUCAAGAUCUCUCGCAUCAUCAGGACAUCCUGUGGGAAUGCUCUGCUUGUGGGAGUGGGGGGAUCAGGGAAACAGAGCCUCACCCGGCUGGCAACCUUCAUAGCAGGAUACAGAAUAUUCCAGAUCACAUUAAGCAGAACAUACGGUGUCAAUAACCUUAUGGAUGACCUGAAGCUGCUGUACAGAACUGCGGGAGCAGAUGGAAAAGGCAUCACCUUCAUUUUCACGGACAAUGAGAUAAAGGACGAAGCCUUUCUCGAGUACCUCAACAAUGUACUGUCAUCUGGCGAGGUGUCCAACCUGUUUGCCCGUGAUGAGCUGGACGAGAUCACUCAAGGGCUGAUCUCAGUGAUGAAGAAGGAGUUGCCCCGCCAUCCUCCCACAUUUGACAACCUCUACGAGUAUUUCAUCUCUCGAGCCCGAAGGAACCUGCACGUGGUUUUGUGCUUCUCUCCGGUUGGUGAGAAGUUUCGCACACGGUCUCUGAAGUUCCCUGGGCUGAUUUCAGGCUGCACCAUGGACUGGUUCACUCCCUGGCCCAAGGAGGCUCUUGUGGCCGUGUCCCAGUACUUCCUGUCGGAGUUCCACAUGGUCUGCUCCUCUGAGGUGAAGGCCCAGGUGGUGCAGACGAUGGGGGUCUACCAUGACAAGGUGUCCUCCACCUGUGAGAGCUACUUCCAGAGGUUUCGGCGUCGAACACAUGUCACUCCAAAGUCUUACCUGUCUUUCAUCAAUGGCUACAAAGCUGUGUACUCUGAAAAGCAUGCUUACAUCAACGAGCUGGCAGAGCGGAUGAACACAGGUCUGUCUAAGCUGAUGGAAGCCAGUAAGUCUGUAGUCAACCUGUCCAAAGAGCUCGCUGUGAAGGAGAAGGAGCUGGCUGUGGCAUCUGUGAAGGCAGAUAAGGUGUUGGCCGAAGUGACCGUGAGCGCAGAGGCUGCCGCCAAGGUGAAGAAUGAGGUGCAGGUGGUGAAAGACAAGGCGCAGAAAAUCGUGGAGGGGAUUGGAAAAGAAAAGGCAGUUGCAGAAGUGAAACUGGAAGCUGCCAAGCCUGCCUUAGAGGAUGCAGAAGCUGCCUUAAAUACUAUUAAACCAGCAGACAUUGCUACUGUGCGGAAGCUGGCCAAGCCACCACAUCUUAUUAUGCGAAUCAUGGACUGCUGCCUCCUUCUGUUCCAAAAAAGGCUGGAAGCUGUCACCCAGGACCCAGAGCGGCCCUGCAUCAAGCCCUCCUGGGGCGAGGCCCUCAAGCUAAUGAGUGCCAGCGGGUUCAUGCAGUCCCUCCAGCAGUUCCCCAAGGACACCAUUAACGAGGAGAUGGUGGAGCUGCUGCAGCCUUAUUUCCUCAUGGAGGACUACACUCUUGAGAAUGCCAAGAAGGUGUGUGGUAAUGUGGCCGGUCUGCUGGCCUGGACCCAGGCCAUGGCCAUCUUCUUUGGAAUCAACAAGGAGGUGCUGCCCCUCAAGGCUAACCUGGUCGUGCAGGAGGGCCGUCUGGCUGUGGCCAAUGCAGAGCUGAACGAGGCGCAGGCCCAGCUGGACGACAAGCAGGCUGAGCUGGACAAAGUGCAGGCCAAGUUUGAUGCAGCUAUGAAGGAGAAGAUGGACUUGCUGAAUGAUGCUGAGACUUGCCGAAGGAAGAUGCAGGCAGCCUCUGCCCUGAUUGAUGGCCUGAGUGGAGAGAAAAUACGCUGGACCGAGCAGAGCAAAGAAUUUAAAGCCCAGAUCAACAGGCUGGUGGGAGAUGUGCUGCAGCUCACAGGAUUCCUGUCCUACUGUGGCCCCUUCAACCAGAACUUCCGCAACAUGCUACUGAAGGAAAUCUGGGAGGUGGAGCUGCGUAGACGCAAGAUCCCCUUCACGGAAAAUCUCAACCUCAUCUCCAUGCUGGUGGACCCCGCCACGAUUAGUGAAUGGAAUCUGCAGGGCUUGCCAGGGGACGACCUUUCUGUUCAGAAUGGCAUCAUUGUGACAAAGGCCACCCGCUUUCCACUUCUCAUUGACCCUCAGACACAGGGCAAGAGCUGGAUCAAGAAGAAAGAGCAGAACAACGAGCUACAGGUAACCUCUCUGAACCACAAGUUCUUCCGCACACACCUGGAGGACAGCCUGUCUCUAGGACGGCCGUUACUGAUUGAGGAUGUGCGGGAGGAGCUGGACCCCGCGCUGGACAACGUGCUGGAGAAGAACUACAUCAAGUCAGGCUCCACUUACAAGGUGAAAGUGGGAGAUAAAGAGACAGAUAUAAUGGAUGGCUUCAGGCUCUACAUCACCACUAAGCUGCCGAAUCCAGCGUACACUCCAGAGAUCAGUGCCAAGACCUCCAUCAUAGACUUCACUGUCACCAUGAAGGGCCUGGAAAACCAGCUGCUGGGCAGAGUCAUCCUGACGGAAAAAUAUGAGCUGGAGGCAGAACGCGUGAAGCUCAUGGAGGACGUCACCGCCAACAAGAGGAAGAUGAAGGAGCUGGAGGACAACCUACUGUACAAGCUCAGCACCACCAAGGGUUCCCUGGUGGAUGAUGAGUCCAUGAUCGGGAUCCUGAGCACUACAAAGCAGACGGCAGGGGAGGUGAGCGAGAAGCUGCAUGUGGCAGCAGAAACGGAGGUGAAGAUCAACACUGCGCAGGAGGAAUACCGCCCUGCUGCCUCCCGUGGAAGCAUCCUGUACUUCCUCAUCACUGAGAUGAGCAUGGUCAACGUCAUGUACCAGACCUCCCUGGCCCAGUUCCUCAAGAUCUUUGAUAUCUCCAUGGCCAAAUCUGAGAAAUCCCCUCUGGCACAGAAGCGCAUCAGUAACAUCAUUGACUACCUGACGUUUGAGGUGUUCAGGUACAGCGUCAGGGGGCUGUAUGAGAACCACAAGUUCAUCUUCACUAUGCUGCUGGCCCUCAAGAUAGACAUGCAGAAAGGCAAAGUCAAACACAAUGAGUUUCAGACCCUCAUCAAAGGGGGAGCCGCCCUGGACCUGAAGGCCUGUCCUGCAAAGCCCUUCCGCUGGAUUCUGGACAUGACCUGGCUGAACCUGGUGGAGCUCAGCAAGCUGUCCCAGUUCAGCGAGAUCAUGAACCAGGUGUCUCGGAAUGAGAAGGGCUGGAAAGUGUGGUUUGACAUGGAUGCUCCAGAGGAGGGGGUGAUUCCUGAUGGAUACAAUGAUUCUCUGGACACUUUCCACAGGCUGCUACUGGUCCGAUCGUGGUGUCCAGACCGCACCCUGACUCAGGCCAGGAAAUACAUCGCAGACUCGAUGGGCGUACGGUUUGCAGAGCCAGUCAUCCUCAGCCUAGAGAAGACCUGGGAGGAGAGCGACAUGCGCACGCCACUCAUCUGCUUCCUGUCCAUGGGCUCCGACCCCACCAACCAGAUAGAUGCCCUGGCCAAGAGGCUGCGGCUGGAGUGUCGGGCUAUCUCAAUGGGACAGGGGCAGGAGGUGCACGCCAGGAGGCUCAUCCAGAUGUCGAUGCAGCAGGGCGGCUGGGUUUUGCUGCAGAACUGCCACUUGGGCUUGGAGUUCAUGGACGAGCUGCUGGAGACCAUCACCACUGUGGAGUCCAUGAACGAGGGCUUCCGAGUGUGGAUCACCACCGAGGCCCACGAGCGCUUCUCCAUCACCCUGCUGCAGUCAUCCAUCAAGUUCACCAACGAGCCCCCUCAGGGCGUGCGUGCCGGCCUGAAGCGCACCUUCUCGGGAAUCAGCCAGGACCAGCUGGACGUCAGCAACCUGCCCAUGUGGAAGCCCAUGCUGUACAACGUGGCCUUCCUGCACACUGUGGUACAGGAGCGUCGUAAAUUUGGCCCCCUGGGUUGGAACAUUCCCUACGAGUUCAAUUCCGCAGACUUCACAGCCAGCGUGCAGUUCGUGCAGAACCACCUGGAUGAAUGCAGCGCCAAGAAAGGUGUCUCUUGGACCACUGUGCGCUACAUGCUGGGAGAGGUGCAGUAUGGCGGCAGGGUCACUGAUGACUAUGACAAACGGCUCCUCAACUGCUUUUCACGGGUGUGGUUCAAUGAGAAGAUAUUUGAGCCAACCUUCUGCUUCUACACAGGCUACAAGGUGCCAGUGUGUAAGACAGUAGAGCAGUACCUGGAGCACAUCCAGACACUGCCUGCUGUCGACUCACCCCAGGUCUUUGGAUUGCACCCCAACGCUGAUAUCACGUAUCAGAGUAACACAUCAGCAGAGGUGCUGGACACCAUCACCAACAUUCAGCCAAAAGAGAGUGGAGGGGGAGCAGGAGAGACCAGAGAGACUAUAGUGUACAGGCUGGCACAUGACAUGCUGGAGAAACUGCCACCGAACUACCUCCCACAUGAAGUCAGAGCCCGUCUGGUGAAAAUGGGAGCCUUAAACUCAAUGAAUAUCUUCCUGAGGCAGGAAAUAGACCGCAUGCAAAGGGUGAUCAGCCUGGUGCGCAGCAGCCUGAGUGACCUCAAACUGGCCAUCGAGGGCACAAUCAUCAUGAGCGAGAACCUGCGCGACACGCUGGAUAACAUGUACGACGCCCGUGUGCCUAACCUGUGGAAAAAGAUCUCCUGGGACUCGUCCACACUGGGGUUCUGGUUCACAGAGCUGCUGGAGAGGAACACGCAGUUCAGCAGCUGGAUCUUCGAGGGGAGACCCAAAACCUUCUGGAUGACUGGCUUCUUCAACCCCCAGGGGUUCCUGACGGCCAUGAGGCAGGAGGUGACGAGAGCACACAAGGGCUGGGCUCUGGACACGGUCACCCUGCACAACGAGGUGCUG